CUGGACAUGUUUAUCAUGUUGAUGAGGUGACGAAGAAAUAUUGAAUAAACUUGAACCCCAGAAAAUCAAAGAUCGUCAACUAAUCUCAGGAAAAUUACUUAAAAAAUAAUGAAGUGUCAGUGAUAAAUGCCAUGGAGGAAUGAUUAACCUCCCUGUGACAGUUUCGACUCCUCAAUUAUCUCCGAAGAAUUGACGAGACAUGGCCCAGUGCAAGUUAACCCCACGAGAAUUUAUCUGCAAUGCUUUCUCCCCUCAAAUCGGUGCUGUGUGCUCAGCCACUGCUGAAGCAAUUUGCCAGAAGAACAAUUUGUCGUUUAUCGAACUUCUCCAGCCUUUUUGUAACCUCAAUACCGAAGGUUACAUCAAGGACCCCCAAGGAACUAUAGUCCCCGUCCGCAACCUCCACCUCUCAAUCCAGGACAUCUACUCUCAGCCCCCAGAGCCAACAGUGGCCCGCAAGCUCUUGAAUGACUCUGUCACCACCGAGCAAUGUGAACGAACCACAACAAUCACAGUCUCCAACAUAAAACUCGACAUCCCCGUGUCCGUCCCCUGGUACGAGUCCUGGAGGGAUAUGUUCCUGUCAGUGCAAUUCCCCUCCGACCACGAGUUCACGAAGCACUACCUAGCCUGUCUGCUGGUGGUCUCAACCUCCGACGAAAGCCCCUUGGAGAAACUCCAGCAGAUGGCCUCUCAGCUGCACCAGAGUGCCCCAGGCAAACUCCCGAAGUGGUUCAACAACAACGCUCUGAGGUACUACAUUCUCCUCCACGACGCCGCCCAAGACCACGAGAAGCAAAAAGCCGAGUCAGUCUUCGCAGAGAUGAAAAACCUCUACGACUCGAACAACUGUUUCCUCCUGCAGAUGAACUCUCGUCCCCCCGGUCAAUCAGACGAGACCCUCCACCUGCCAGACCCCUGGAGUCAAUUCCUGACAAAACAGCCUGACUACUCCCUGGACCACAGCAGCAGUCCCCGCACCCCAGCAGACACGACAGGGGUCUCGUCGAUGCCCAACCAAGUGACCUCUGGCCACGACAAAACGAGUCAAGCAGGAACCCCAGUGGCCCCGCAGAACCCGAUUCUCUUGUCCCCAGACGUCACCGACAAGAUCAGUCUCUCCUCAGAGAUCUCAGACAUCCCGAGUCUGCAGGUGGAGCUCGGCCAGGAGGCUGUCCCAGUGACGAUCCACCCCCUGAGCCCAGAGACAGAGAAGCCAAAGCUCCCAGACACCCUCGAGGCCCUGAAGUCCUCUGGCUCCCCCAUAAACAUCAACGUCUGGGCAGACUCUCCCAGUCGUCCCCCAGCCCAUCAUGGGGCUCGUCUCUCCACCCAGGACUUGGACAGAAUCCGCAGCCUGAUCUCAGAGUUCUGUCUCAAGAGCCUCUUGCCAUACGUUGAGAAGCAGAUAAACUUGCUGAACGACGUGAUCUCCAACAAGAAGGGGGUCAGCAGGUCCCUCUUCAGUGCCACGAAGCGAUGGUUUGGGACCAAUAAACCUGGAGCUGCUGGCUCCACCCCCACAAAUGCUGUCAUCUACACGACAGAGUCACCAGAGCUCCAACUGCGUCGUCUGGGGGAUCUCUGCUUCAUGUUUGGGCAUUACACCCUGGCCUAUCAGGCUUAUCACUCGGCCAAACGUGACUUUGCUGCUGAUCAAGCGUGGUUGUACUACGCUGGGGCCCUGGAGAUGGCGGCGUUGAGUGCAUUCAUGCAGGGGGAGAUGACCAGGAAGACCAUUGAGUACAUGGACGAUGCGAUUUUAACGUACUCGAAUAGCUGCAAGAUGCCGCAGUUCGCUACUAGGGCCACUUUGCUGUCCUCGGAGUGCCUCAAGGGGAAGAAUCUGUAUGGAGAGGCUGCCAAGCAGCUCAUCAGGAUGACCAGUGAGGACUCCGAUUUGAGGUCUGCUCUGCUGCUUGAACAGGCUGCCUACUGCUUUAUUUUGUCGAAAAUGGUGCACAAGUACGCGUUCCAUGCGGUCCUGGCGGGGCACAGGUACUCCAAGGCUGGGCAGAGGAAACAUUCUUUGAGAUGCUAUCAGCAGUCUUACCAGGUAUACGACGGCCGAGGCUGGUCGCUGGCCGAGGACCACAUUCACUUCACGAUCGGUAGGCAAGCAGCCUCUCUGAAGCAAGUGGAAGAGGCAGCACGCGCCUUCGGAAGACUGUUGAACCCCUCCAGCAGGCAGCCCGCCCCCCAGCAAGCAGCCUUCCUCCGAGAGUUCCUGCACAUCCACAAUCUCCUCCUCCAAGAAUCAUCCCACUACCCCGGGCUCCCAGUCCUCCCCCUCCCCCUGAUCAACGGCAACGAGAUUAAAGUGCUGCUGGGCCCCUUCCUCGAGUCGCCCCGUCUCACAGCCGCCAGUGGAGUCUCCUUCGACCACUCCGACGAGGACGACGACCCCAGAUGGGCGAAACUAGAGGAGCACCUGGUCUCCGAGGGCCUCGGGGCCGUCCCCAUGAUCUUCAAGCCCACAAUAGCCCUUUACACCCACAAAACCAACAACACCAGUCCUCCUACAGCUGUCAUUGACGAGCCCAUCCACCUCUCGAUCGAGCUCCAGAACCCCCUUCACAUAAAUAUUCCUUUAUCCAAAGUCAAGCUAAUCUGGACCUUCGAGAAGGACGGAGAGGUCUUCAGCAACGAGACAAUCACCGAAAAUUCCCUGUCAGAGUCAACUUCAGUGGAGACUUCAGUGAUAGACCACAUCGUGCUGCAGCCCAUGCGCAAGCAGAGGAUCAGCCUGAGCUGCACCCCCACGCAGACAGGAAGUCUGAAGAUCCAGGGGCUCAGCUACGAUCUCUCCAACCCCAGCAACGGGGUCGACCAGCCCGUGGUCAACCCCUCAGUCGUGAUCCACGGGAAACGUCUCUUCGAGAUCAAGGGCCCCAAGCUGAAGAACGUCAAGGAGAAACCUGGGGCUGUGAUGUACGGGAUCGAUAAGAGACUCGACAUCAAUGUAGUGGACAAAUCCCCUUUCCUGGGGAUUUACUUCAGCAAAGUAUCCCCGGAGAUGCUGUGUGGGGAGAUGCAGAGGAUCGACGUCACCUUCAGGAACAUUGGAAAUGCUGGGCUGACGAACAUCCUCGUGGGGUCGAUGUCCCCCGAGUUAUUUUGCUUUGAGAAUCCUCGGGACGAGGACAGCAGCAGAAUCACUGACGUCAACGAGAAGCCAGUCACGAAGAUCGUCCUGCCCUCGUCCAGUGGCGGAGUGAUAGGAAUUAAUCAGGAGUUCACUGUUCCUCUUUGGAUUAGGGCGCCUCACAAAAAGGGGAACCACCGGCUGGAUCUCCUCUUCUAUUACGAGAACGAGGACGUCAAGGGGGUUCCGAGGUACAGACUCUGCAGGCACACGUGGCAGUUGACGGUUUUGGACUCCAUUCACAUUAAAGCCAUCGUGAGGCAGAGUGCUGUCACCAGUGAUGAGGCCCUGACGUCGAAUCUCGUGAUUCAGGUGAAGAACGCCAAUCAGGUGCACGAUCCCUUCAUGCAGGACAUCGAGCUGACCAAGAUCUCCCUGAGGAGUGAUGCCUGGUGGCUCUCGGAGUCCCUCGUGAAGACAUUCCCUCAUCAGAUUAAGCCCCAGGAGACCUGCCAUCUGGUGCUUAAACUGUGUCGCAGGGAUCAUGACGAUUAUUUUUCGAGUGUUUCGUUGGGGGAUGCGGGGGAGCCUGGGAUGGAGGGGCUCUACGAGGGGUUCGUGAGGAGACAGCAGAUGAAGGGCUGCACUGACAGCAAUCAGAAUCAUGUCAAGGGGACGGAGGGGAAUCUGGAGGUGUUCGAUGGGGGCAGGGCUGGGGCCACAAUGAUUGUCAGGUGGAGGGCGAGGAUCAUGGAGGGGAAGACUGUGGCGAGGGUGGCUAUUGGGCAUCAUCAUGUGGACAUGAGGUAUCUUAAUAAGCUGUACAAACAUCCUGAGGAGGUGGUGCAGCCCGAGCAGAGGGAGUACUCGUCGAGGCUCAAGAUCUUUGGGCCUGACAGGAAUGUUCCUGAUUCUAAUAGUGAGGGGAAGGCCGAGGGGGACCAGGAGACCACACUGGCGAAUGCUCUGUCGUUCUCGUUGAGUCACGAGAAGAAUUUGGCUCAUGACUUUGGGAAGGAGAGGGUCUUCGUGGUGCCCGUGCUGCUGCAUGUGCAGAAUAACUCCAGGUCGAGGGUCGAUGUCAGGGUUAAUACGCUAGGGACUAGCAGUCAAGCACACCUGCCGAGUGUCAAAUCUCAACUGUAUUCGCCACAGGCCUCCACUUUCUUCCGCUAUGCCUGUCACACCUCAAUAAAAUGUCACAUAGAGGCAUACGGACGUCAAACCAUGAAACUUCAUGCUGUCAUCUCCUCCGCCGGCACCUACGAUCUCGCAUCCAGGCUCACCCUCUCCGCUAAAACUAGUAAUUUCGAGGAAUUCGUGACGCAAAAAUGGAGAACUGAGAGUGUAUGUAUCGUGAACGAUGAGCGUUUGUGAGAGGGAUGUUGGGGUAUUGAGAAACACAGAAUCAUUCCUUAGAUGAAUAUUGAUGGAGUGUACAUAUUUCCAUUAGGCGAAUUUUUAAACGAGUCUUCGAGAAUUAUAGGGGAAAAGGAUUCUAGGAUUCUUCCCCCCCUGGACAAUAUCUACAAAACAAAACCCGGACAAAAUCUCCUCCCAAAAAUCUCUUCCGAAAACUUAUUCGUACAAGCAGAACAAUAUUAUCGAUCCAAAAAAAAACUCACUUGUCUUUACUUCAUGGAAUUCGUUGAAAAACACGAAAACAUAUUUGUUUAUUCCCCUCUCCAGGGAGAGUUUGUCCGCGAAAUUUAAUAAAAGGUUAAUUUUGUCCGGGAAAUUGGGUCUGGGGGAUUUUGUCCGGGGGAGAAGAUUUCGACUACCGGGGAAAAGUAGUCUUGGAUCAAGGAUAUUUUCUUCGUCACUUCAGAAUGAGGUUUCUUGGUACAGGAAUUGAAUAUUCUUGAUUCGAGAACGAGUAUUCUUGUUUCAAGCAUGAAUAUUCCCCAUUGAAGAAUUUUGGGUCAAGAAUUCUUUAUUGAAAAACAAAUAUUCUUGGUUGAAAAAUCAAUUCUUUUGACUCUAGUAUGAAUUCUUCUGAUUCAUGAAUAUCUAGAUAUUCUUGAGCCCAGGGUGCAAUGUAUUUAAUUCACGGAUUUCAAAAAUAUUCUUGAUUCCAGCAUGAAUAGUUUGGAUUCAGUUAAUUUUGAUCUAGAAUUCUUCAUACAAGAAUUAAUAUUCUUGAUCCAAGGAUAAAAUCGAGAAUUGCAAAGACUUAUUCUCGAAUGAAGAAUAAAUAUUCUUGACUCAAUAAUGGAUAAUCCUGAUUCAAGAAUAAAUACACUUAAUCCGAAAAUGAAAUAUUUUCAGUUCAAGAAUUCCAAAAACAUAUUCUCGAAUCAGAAGUGAAAUAUUUUUUAUUAAACAAUACGUGUUUUUAGUUCAGGAAUGAAUAAUGUCGAUUCGAGAAUAAAUAUUCUUAAUUCGAGAAUGUUGGAUCAAGAAUUCUUGAUCCAAAAAUCAUGCACGAAAAAAUUUAAUAGAAAAACUUAUCGAAUUCGAUUUUUCUACACAACU